CGCAAAUGAACAAAAACUUGUACGAUGAUAAGUAUGAUCUCCCGUUGAUCGAAUAAUAAGUUGUUCCUAAAUAAAAAUCAUAUGAUUAUCGAAGGUGUAGCAAGUUAAGUCAUACGAUUCUUAUCAAAAGUAGACAACAAUCAAUUUCUUAAAAAAAAAUGAAGAUAUGUGGACCUAAAUACGCCCUAUGUGGCUUGAUAUUAUCAGUUUGGGGUAUAUUUCAACUACUCUUGAUGGGAUUAUUCUUUUACGUCAAAAGUGUAGCCUUAAUAGAAGAUCUACCAUUAGAAGAGUAUUAUGACACAGCUACAGAUUUUUAUGCUGCAGCAGAUAGGGGUUAUAAACAAAAUGCAUAUAAUUGUUGGAUUGCAGCUUGCAUUUAUGUUCUUACAUUAUUACUUUCAGGACAUCAGUUUUAUAUAAAUUCAAGAUCAUCUUUGAGCGUUUAAAAGAAUAUUUUUGAUGUAUUGUACAUCAAAUAAAAAUAUGUAUAAAUUUAUAAAGUAUUAUUGUAUGAUAGUCAAAAGAAAGACAUGUGUAUGAAUAUUCAUAAUUAUAUUUAAAACUGUUAUAAAUUCCAAUAAUAAUCGUACAAAAAUAGUAAUCGUCUUUACUGGGUCUUAAAAUGGAAUAUUAGUUGUUGUGAUAUACAGUACAAUUGUAACUGUUAAUGAUAUUACCUCAAUUCAGUAUAUAUCAUUUCAUCUUACUAUAAACAUGUAAAAAUAUGCCUUAAUGUGGUUACCAGAUUUAUUUUGUGUUGUAACAUAAAACAUUUAAUUUACUCAAUUUGUAAAUAAUAAUAAAUAUAAU